AAGGGUUUAAGCUCUAGCUCAGGAAAAUCCAUUUGAUGCUCCACUCGACUGUUUGAGUCUGUGGGAUUCCACUGUUUCUGAAUCCAGAUAAUCGACGGAAAAAACUGUAAACAAAGCAAAUGAGUCCCAAGCCUCGAAUCUUCUCAGCGCAUUCCCACACCGCUCCUUUAUGCACUCGCACUCACCAGAUCGCCGCUCUCAUCCUCGUAACCGCCACUUUCUUCUUCACUCGUCUCUUCGACCAAUCCUUCCCUCCGUCUCCCUGCUACCUCGAUCGCCACCUCAAUCUUCACGUCGCCAAAACCAAUGACGCCGGCCACCUAUUGUGGCCCGACCGAGGGUACGGCUCCCACCUCUCUCUCAAGAUCUAUGUCUACGACGAGAACGAGAUCGACGGCUUAAAAGACCUUUUGUACGGUAGAGACGGCUCCAUUUCCUCCAAUGCCUGUCUCAAAGGCCAGUGGGGUUCUCAGGUUAAAAUCCACAGGUUAUUGCUUGAAUCUCGAUUUCGAACCAGAAAGAAAGAGGAAGCUGAUUUAUUCUUUGUACCAGCUUAUGUUAAAUGUGUUCGGAUGUUGGGUGGCCUUAAUGACAAAGAAAUCAAUCAAACUUAUGUCAAGGUUUUAAGCCAAAUGCCGUAUUUCAGGAGGUCAGGAGGGCGUGACCAUAUAUUUGUUUUCCCAAGUGGUGCUGGAGCUCACUUGUUUAGAUCUUGGGCAACCUAUAUAAAUCGAUCUAUAAUUCUCACUCCUGAGGGAGACCGUACAGAUAAGAAAGACACUAGUGCUUUUAAUACAUGGAAAGAUAUCAUCAUUCCUGGAAAUGUUGAUGAUGGGAUGAUGAAAACAGGGGCUACUGUUUUCCAGCCGUUGCCUCUAUCUAAGAGAAAGUAUUUGGCAAACUAUUUAGGCCGGGCGCAAAAAAAGGUUGGUCGUCUUAAGCUGAUUGAGCUUGCAAAGCAAUAUCCAGAUAAGUUGGAAUGUCCAGAGUUACAGUUCAGUGGUCCUAACAAAUUGGGAAGAGUGGAAUAUUUUCAGCACCUGGGCAAUUCCAAAUUUUGCCUCGCACCACGUGGAGAGUCAUCUUGGACCCUCCGUUUUUAUGAGUCGUUUUUUGUGGAAUGUGUUCCAGUCAUCUUAUCAGAUCAAGUAGAAUUACCUUUUCAAAAUGUAAUUGACUACACAGAGAUAUCAAUCAAAUGGCCAUCCACAUCAAUAGGGCCUGAGCUUCUGGAUUACCUGGCUUCGAUACCAGAUGAGGUCAUAGAGCAGAUAAUAGGUCGUGGCAGGCAAGUAAGAUGUUUGUGGGUUUAUGCUCCAGACUCGGAGCCAUGUUCUACAAUGCGAGCGCUAAUGUGGGAGCUUCAGAGGAAAGUGAGGCAAUUUCACCAAUCAGCUGAAACAUUUUGGCUGCAUAAUGGAUCCGUAGUGAACAGGAAUCUUGUUGAAUUUGCAAAGUGGAAACCUCCUAUGCCUCUGCCUUGAAAACUGGCUGCCUGGUUCUGGUUGGCACAGCGCUCCUUUUUGCUUCAAAUUUAACACUUGCUGUCACAAUCCUGAAAGGCUGUUGGGAUUCACUAUUUCUUCUAUAGGUUGUAGAGCAAUUCAUUUUUCACCUUAUUGUUGGCAACUUUAAAACAAAGUAUUGCAAUUCUAGAUGUUGUAAAAAUGUCACGAAAUUAUUUUGUACAUUAUACAGUGAUGAAAGUUGAUAAUGAUGAUUUAGCUGAUUGUUACAAUUUAA